AGAAGGAGAGGGGGGGAGAACCGAAAAGCUUGAGGAUGACGAAAAUAGAGAUCCAUCGUCAAGCUUCCUCUUCUUCUUCUUCCUCCUCCCUCAGCUCUGUCGCUUCUGUCCUGUCAACUUUCUUCGUCUACGCAAUUGGCUUGUGAAAAAUAUAGCUUUCUAGCCGCAGCUGUGAUUGUUGCUUCGACGUUGGUGCCGUGGACACUAUUUGACACAGAGAUACAAGAUGAUGGUUGAGGAUCUGGGCGUAGAAGCUAAGGAGUCUGCGGUCCGUGAGGUCGCAAAGCUCUUGCCGCUUCCCGAGCUCUUGCAGUCAAUCUCCUCCAUCAAAUCCGAUUACAUCGCUCGCCAACAGGCAAACGAUGCACAACUCAGUACAAUGGUUGCUGAGCAGGUUGAGCAGGCACAGGCCGGGCUUGAUUCGCUAAACUUGUCGCAGAAAUCGAUAAAUCAGCUGAGGGAGAACUUCCUUUCCAUUGAAAAGUUGUGUACUGAGUGCCAAAAUUUGAUUGAGAAUCAUGACCAGAUAAAGCUCCUCAGCAAUGCAAGGAAUAACUUGAAUACGACUCUUAAGGAUAUUGAUGGCAUGAUGUCUAUAUCAGUUGAAGCAGCUGAGGCACGGGAUUCCUUGAGUGAUGAUAAAGAACUCAUAAAUACUUACGAAAGGUUGACUGCUCUGGAUGGCAAGCGACGGUUUGCGCUAGCAGCUGCAGCAUCACAUAAGGAAGAGGUUGGCCGGUUAAGAGAAUAUUUUGAAGAUGUAGAUCGUACAUGGGAGACAUUUGAAAAGACAUUAUGGGCACACAUUGGCAACUUCUACAAGCUUGCAAAGGAGAGCCCACAAACUCUGGUUCGUGCUUUAAGGGUUGUUGAAAUGCAGGAGAUACUUGAUCAGCAGCUCGCUGAAGAAGCUGCUGAGGCAGAAGGCGGCGGCGCAAUGGCAACUGUUGCAAAUCCCCGUAGAACUGCCAAGAAAACAAAUGCAACAGCAUCCUCCAGAAAUCUGACACAGCAGAAGUUGAAGGUUCAGGGUAAAGGCUACAAGGAUAAAUGCUAUGAGCAGAUCAGUAAAACUGUUGAAGCACGAUUCAACAAGCUUUUAACAGUGCUUGUGUUCGAGGACUUGAAAGCAGCAUUGGAGGAAGCUCGCAUGAUUGGAGAUGAGCUUGGAGAUAUAUACGACUAUGUAGCUCCCUGUUUUCCCCCAAGAUAUGAAAUAUUCCAGCUCAUGGUUAAUUUGUAUACUGAGCGUUUUAUUCAGAUGCUUAGAUUACUCAGCGAUAGAGCAAAUGACCUCACAAAUAUAGAGAUUUUAAAGGUGACUGGUUGGGUAGUUGAGUAUCAAGAAAAUCUGAUUGGGCUCGGGGUUGAUGAGUCCCUGGCUCAAGUUUGUUCUGAAAGUGGUGCCAUGGAUCCCCUCAUGAAUUCCUAUGUUGAGAGAAUGCAGGCUACUACACGGAAAUGGUACUUGAAUAUCCUCGAGGCUGACAAAGUGCAGCCACCAAAGAAAACAGAGGAUGGAAAAUUAUACACCCCAGCUGCUGUUGAUUUAUUCAGGAUUCUUGGAGAGCAAGUUCAAAUUGUCCGGGACAACAGUACGGAUGUGAUGCUAUACAGAAUUGCCUUAGCAGUUAUUCAGGUUAUGAUUGAUUUCCAAGCUGCUGAAAGGCAAAGACUUGAAGAACCGGCUUCUGAUAUUGGCCUGGAGUCUAUAUGUGCAAUGAUAAAUAAUAACUUGCGCUGCUACGACCUUGCAAUGGAGCUAAGCACCAGCACUUUGGAAGCGCUUCCACAAAAUUAUGCUGAGCAGGUCAAUUUUGAAGACACAUGCAAAGGUUUCCUGGAGGUUGCUAAGGAAGCUGUGCAUCAAACUGUCAGUGUUAUCUUUGAAGAUCCUGGGGUGCAGGAGUUACUUGUCAAGCUUUAUCAGAAAGAAUGGAGUGAGGGACAGGUUACAGAGUACCUCGUUGCAACAUUUGGGGAUUAUUUUACGGAUGUCAAGAUGUACAUAGAAGAACGAUCAUUUAGGAGAUUUGUUGAAGCUUGCCUGGAGGAAACUGUCAUCGUCUAUGUCGACCAUCUCUUAUCUCAGAGGAACCACAUCAAGGAAGAAACCAUUGAGCGGAUGCGGCUUGAUGAGGAGGUUCUUAUGGACUUCUUUAGGGAGUACAUAAGUGUUUCGAAAGUUGAAAACAGAAUCAGGAUAUUAAGCGACUUGAGGGAACUUGCUUCCGCUGAAAGCCUGGAUACUUUUACUCUCAUCUACACUAAUAUCCUGGAGCAUCAGCCUGACUGUCCGCCUGAAGUCGUGGAGAAGCUUGUCGGGCUAAGGGAAGGCAUACCGAGGAAGGACGCUAAGGAGGUUGUUCAAGAGUGCAAGGAGAUAUAUGAGAAUUCGCUGGUUGACGGGAAUCCCCCGAAGGCAGGUUUCGUCUUUCCAAGAGUGAAGUCCUUGGCUGCUGCUAAAUCAUCUCUGUGGAGGAAGUUGACUUAGAAAGGGGUUGGUUGUAUGUAUUAAUUUCCAGGCAGAGAGAGGUUUUGUGCUGUCUUUGCUCAUGAUACAGUGUGUUUUGAGGUUAAUUCAGGAGGUGAUUGAAGGAGAUUGUUCACCUCGGGUGUGUUUUUGUUGUUUCGGGUUGUAAAGUUAAAAGAGUUUGGAGUGAAUUAGAAAAAUUCGUUUUACUGGAGGGAUCUGUAGUUGAGCCCCAUGCUAUGCUAUCAUCAUAAUACUAAUCAUCGGAAUCAAAAGCUGGCCACAGCCACAGCCACAGCCACAGCCACAGCCACAGCAGAGCAGGACACCCUCUCCAGUCCAUCCAUCUUCCCGUAGUUCAUUGUACCCAGAGAUGAUGAUGCUGAUGAGCAGCUGCUUCUGAGAAGAUAUCAUGAUGGAUAACUCGAUCAUCUGUCAAACCAUAAGUGAGAAUUACACGCGCUAAUAGACGAUAGAAGAUACUACUUUUUCCUUUGGUAAUGUAUUAUUAUUAUUAUUAUUUUCUUUUA